UUAUGUUGACGUGUACUUCAUUUCUUAUUCUUCCCAUUUGUGUCUUCUUGCCAGAUAGCAAGAUCGACCAUUCAAAUCAUCAUCGUCAGCAUCAUGAUGGGUGAAACGAGUUGGAUGUUUUGCUUGUUUUAUAUCGUGUUCGCCACCGGGUUCUUGUUCCAGUUCCAAGAUUUCCAAAACUUGGGCCUGAGUCCCGAGAAUCUGUUGACCAACGUGUUCCAAUUGGAUUUGGGCAGCGAGCAAUUGCAAUUCCUCGAAUUUCACCUUCGAAAAUCGUGUGGAGCCCUUUUGUUGCAGACCUUUCUGCCUAUUGGUUUCUUGGUGGGGUUCAGCUACUUCCACGUCCACGUGGAUCAACAAUAUCCUUCCAUCUAUGCGUUUUGGGAGAGCAACCUGCCAUUUCAAGUCAGCCUCGCCCUGUUCCUUGGACUGUGGUUGCUUGUCUGGGUUGUGGCUCAAUAUUGGACCCUCAACCAUUUCGAGCACCACCCUUACGUUACAAAAUUGAAACUCUACGCACAAAAUGGGGACUGGAAAUCUGUCAUGAGCGACAUCAACACUGAGUUUAGAAGGAUUGACAAAUUCACGAUUUGCACUAAUCCCAUUGAAAGAGUUGUCGUCACGGACAACUGGGUCAUCUAUUUGGGCGCUGUUCCCUGGAAGUUCCAUCUCGCCCAUCAAUCCGAUGUGACGCUCAGUCUGAUUCAGAGUGAGCAUCAUAAUAUUUCCACCGAAGGACAAACUGGAGGCACGCAAUUUCUCCGAAUUCAGGUCCAAAACGGCAAACCCAAUUGCGAGUCGUUCUCCUUCAGGUUGAACUCGGUCGAGUAUCAGAAUCUGCAAGAUAAGUUGACCCGACAGAUCCAAAACAUCCAAAACAUUCAAAUUUUUAAAACCGUCAGCGAUCGGUUUGUCGAGGUGUUCAAAGAAGCAGUGGCUCAAAAUCCUAAGGCUCCUGCUGAAGAGGAAUUGGAGGCGUGCAUUGGGUGUAUGGCUACCGAGGCUAAUGUCAAGUUGAUUCGGCGGUGUGACACCAUCGAUCAAGAGAAUGAGAACACCUCUUGCGUCAAUUGUUACUGCAGACCAAUGUGGUGCCUCAAUUGUCUAGGCAAAUGGUUUGCAUCGAGGCAAAAUCAGCAACAACCGGAAACAUGGCUCGGUUCAAAAUGUCCUUGUCCAACUUGCCGAUCCAAGUUUUGUGUCUUGGAUGUGGCCUUAAUUGAAUCUUGAUGCGGAUCCAAGCACUUCAACUGAAAGAAUCGGACCGAAUUGAAACCAUGAACUGUGAUAUAUGAAUGAUCAAUGAAAACUAGAAUACAAGAGUGACCACCUAA